UUCGAUGACGCAUGCGUAUUUCCAUUCUGUCUUCCUUUCCACCGGCUAACUGAAACUACAAAUGUUUUAACGUUGUGACGGAAGUGAAGAAGUCAUAAUGGAAACUGAGGAAAAGCCAAAAGAAGCUGAACCACUAGGAGAAGAUGCUGAAAAGGGGGACACAGAAAUGAUGUCUCACACAGAUGCAGGAAACGCCACAACUCAGGACUCUAGUAUUAGCAAUGGGGACGGCGCAGAUGACAAGCAGGAGAUGGUUGACUUGAAGAUUAUCUGGAACAAGAAUAAAUAUGAUCUGAAAAUUCCUGUCGAUAACACCGGAGCCAAACUAAAAGAGAGCAUCCAUUCACUUACUGGUCUUCCACCGGCAAUGCAGAAAGUGAUGUACAAAGGAUUGCUUCCAGAGGACAAGACGCUACGUGAAAUAAAGGUUACAAAUGGUGCAAAAAUAAUGGUGGUGGGAUCUACAAUAAAUGAUGUAUUAGCUGUGAAUACACCCAAAGAGGUCAUUCAGCAGGAAGUUAAAGCUGAAGAAAACAAGAAGGAGCCUUUAUGCAGCCAAAAGCAACACAGGAAAGUUUUGGACAAAGGUAAACCAGAUGACAUAAUGCCAGCUAUUAAAGGAACAAAGGAACGAUUACCAACAGUGCCUUUAGCCGGAAUGUAUAACAAGUCCGGAGGAAAAGUUAGACUCACAUUUAAACUGGAGCAAGAUCAGUUGUGGAUCGGAACAAAGGAGAGAACGGAGAAAGUCCCAAUGGGCUCCAUUAAAAACGUAGUGUCUGAACCCAUUGAAGGCCAUGAGGACUAUCACAUGAUGGCUUUUCAGUUGGGUCCAACAGAAGCGUCUCAGUAUUGGGUCUACUGGGUGCCUGCACAGUUUGUCGAUGCAAUCAAAGACACAGUCCUUGGAAAAUGGCAGUAUUUCUAAUGUGCCUCUUUUUUGACGAUGAACUGGGAUUAACGAAUCUGGAGUCAACAGCGAGGCUUAAGGAACUUAUUGGAAUAUGUUGGAAGGAAACGGACGGGUGCCUGUGGACUAAUCAUAUUGUUUUUAGGUUAAAAGUGCACUAUGUGGCAGCAUAACAUUUCUCAGCCCUGUUGAUCAUUCAAGGUUUUCAGCAAAUGCAAGGGAAAAUGAUGAAACAAUUGUACAGAAAUUGCUAACACUUUUCUUCAGUUAUUCUUAAAGAAAUAAAACUUAUUUAAUGAAAUUAA